AAAUGGCGAAGAGAUUGAAUUCAAGGAAUACAAAAUUACUGAAUCUUCAUGUCCGUCUUCCACCAAUACACAAAAUUUUUAGAGAGAAUACAUCGAACUCCUCCCAUUCCGACGACAACUUGUGAAAUCUGAACCACCCAUUGCAUAGCAAGCAUUUCCUUCCCCUCUUUUGAUUUCCACCUGAAAUCAGUAAAAAAGAAAAAAAAUACCUAAUUUCGAUUAGAUCCAACCAAGAGUGCCGUCUCAAGAGUGAAAUCCAGCCACUGUCCAGAUUCAAUGUACUUGGAGGAAGAAAUUCCAAGCUAUGGCGGACUCCCCAAUUGGGGAAGAAAGCGCCUCGCUCAUUAGCUCACCCAACUCCUCAUUUGUGUAGCCUUCUGUGCCUCGGCGGAAAUGGCGACUCCGGAUCACAAUCACAGUCCCAAUCCGACCACAUCCCCUCCAGAUUCGUACGGGGCGGUGGUUCUAGGAGGCACCUUCGACCGCCUGCACGACGGCCAUCGCCAAUUUCUCAAGGCUGCAGCGGUGGUGGCGAGGGAUCGGAUUGUGGUUGGCGUUUGCGAUGGCCCGAUGCUUGCGAAUAAACAGUAUUCUCAUCUGAUAGAGCCAAUUGAGAAAAGGAUGAAAAAUGUAGAAGAUUACAUUAAGUCCAUUAAGCCAGAGCUGGCUGUGCAAGUAGAGCCAAUCGUCGAUCCUUAUGGCCCUUCAAUUGUUGACCAUAAUUUGGAGGCCAUCAUUGUCAGCAAGGAAACGUUCCCGGGAGGAUUAUCCGUGAAUAGGAAACGAGCAGAGAGAGGGCUUUCGAAGCUAAAGAUUGAAGUCGUCGAUUUAGUCCAAGAAGAAUCCGGCGGAGACAAAUUGAGUUCCACGGCGUUGAGGAAACUUGAAGCGGAGAAACUGAGCAACCUUCACCUGACACCCGGUCAAGUUUAACACCGAACUUAUUUGCUUUGACAAUUAUCUUGUUUUUUUUUUUUCGGAGAUACGGAGGUGUGCGCGCAUAAUUUCACCCGGAGAGUUAAGACGUAUGGAUCAAUGCCAAGAGUAGCAUACGACAUGCGCGUAUUGUUUCAUCAACUGUAUGUAUACACGAUCGCCCUUGUCCUAGAUUCAUCGAAAAAUCUUGUUACUCAUCUUACGGAUUCCACAGCGCUUAGCAGACUCAUAUGUUUCGAAUUCUUAGUCUAGUAGCAGCAAGAACAGCGACAACUAGCGUGUGAAGUAAACCGUAUUAUUGAUGAAGAAAUAAGAGUAUAAGUUAUACA